GGCCAACGAAUUGGCUGCUCGACUGACGCAGCCAGGUCCUCUUGGCUCGUCAGCUCUUCCGCCCUUCAUCGCAACUUACAACCCUUGCUACGAGACCACGAGAACGCACACGACGCCCUCAAAGAUGUCCGCCUCUUUACCAGGCAAUCGGGAGCUGCCCGACUCGCAGUACGACCUCAGCACGUACUGGGGCCGCGUGAGGCAGACUGCUGGCAUAGUGGAUCCGAGGUGAGAGCAUUGACAAGCACGCAUCGAGAGAGUGGAAAUGGUGUGGUACCUGCAUCUUAGCAGACGCUCUUCGUGGGUAAGAAGGGACUCGAGCAGGCCAAACAGGCAAUCACAUCGUACAAGACGGGGCAGACGAAGGAGAUGACUCCGGAGCUAUGGCAGGCCAAAAAGAUUGUCGAUUCGACAUUACAUCCUGACACCGGCGAACCAGUCUUGCUACCUUUCCGCAUGUCCUGCUUUGUUCUCUCCAACCUAGUGGUGACAGCGGGCAUGCUCACACCCGGACUCAAGAACACCGGUACCAUACUCUGGCAGAUAACCAAUCAAUCUCUCAACGUUGCCAUCAACAACGCAAACGCAAACAAAUCUACCCCCCUCUCCUGGUCCAUGAUCGCUCAGUCCUAUUUCCUGGCCGUCGGCGCCUCGUGCUCCGUCGCCGUGGGCCUGAACAGUAUCGUCCCCCGCCUCUCUCGCCUCCAACCCCAGACCCGCCUUAUUCUUGGCCGCCUGGUUCCCUUCGCGGCCGUUGCCUCCGCCGGCGCGCUGAAUGUGUUCCUCAUGCGCGGCGAGGAGAUGCGCACCGGUAUCGAUGUCUACCCCGUCCUGUCAGAGACGGACAAGCAGAGGCUCGCGGCCGAAGGCAAGGCGGAGAACGACGUCCCCAGCCUGGGCAAGAGUAAGAAGGCUGCGACACUGGCGGUGGGCGAGACGGCACUGUCGAGGGUGCUGAAUAGCAGUCCAAUUAUGGUGCUCCCGCCCUUAAUAUUGGUGCGGCUGCAGAAGACGGAGUGGUUGAAGCGCAACCCGCGGUUAACCACACCUGUAAACCUGGGGCUCAUUCUAGCCACAAGCUACUUGGCCCUACCAUUGGCGCUGGCGGCGUUCCCGCAGAGGCAGAGGGUGAAUGCGGCGAGUCUAGAGGAGGAGUUCCACGGCAGGGGAGGGGAGGGCGGUUUGGUCGUGUUUAACCGUGGCAUCUAAGUUGCGCGGCAAAGGGCCCAGGAAAGCUGGCCAUCAUUUGAAAGGCGCUGGGAAAGGGCUUUUUUGGUAGGUGAGGGGUGGGAGGGGCGCAAAAUAUCACAGAGGCUUCACAAAUAUCACAAGUACUGCAUUUCCCAAUAUAAAAAUGUC